AUGUGUUCAAGUUCAUUUAUCACAGAUGAUUGGUUCACAGCCUCUUUUGAUAACGGGUUCGUCAGCCUUUGGCAAACGGAUGUACGGACAGCAAUGAGUGGAUGUAUUGUUUCUUCUUAUACCUAUACAGCACCUCAGUGGAUUGCACUCGACCUUUCAGAGAAUAUAAUUAGUAAUACUGGAGGGCAUUUAUAUGCUUUUUCUACGAUCUUUAUCAAUGGAGUUUCGAACGAUAUGGCAAUUACUGUACUCGAUACCAAUACUGUCGUGUGUUUCGCUUCUGGAAGUCCACUUCAAUCUAGAUUAUCUACAAAUGCUUACGUAACUCCGGAUAAUCCUCUCUGCUAUUGUUUAGCAAAAGAGCCAUGUCAAGCACAUGAUGCCAUCUGCUCGCCUGUAGCUUCCAAACGAUACGCAAGAUUUUAUGCCAAUACGAAUGCGACGUGUGACACUCGUACUUUUCAAACUUGUUGCAAGAGUAAAUCGGCCGACGCAAAGAGGAGAAACAAAAUGUUAUCGUACCAAUGGGACAAUCAAAAACUUGUAAAUGAAGCAUAUCAUCGGCUGAGUGAAAAAAAUAUUCCCCUAUGGAUGGAUAUUCAUCGAGGAAUGAAAGGACAUUUGAGCGAGAGCAUGGCAGCAGGAAUAGAAAAAGCAGCAACUAUAUGUUGUUUUUUAACACCAAAAUACCAAGAUAGUGUUGCAUUGCCGAACUGGAAACCAACUGGUUGGUUGGGAUUUACUAUAACAGGACAUAAAUGGAUCGAUUUUCGUGAUAUUGACACAAAUAUGGAUUUAAGAAUCGAACAAUUGAUUAGUGAAAUUCACAUGUUAGCCGAAAAUAAACUAGAUUAUUUUAAAGAUAUGAAACCUUUGAGUUUCACUCAAAACAACGAAGAACAAGAUUUUGAUUCAGGCUAUUAUUAUCGUUUCACAACACAAUGGCAAGGUGAUGAUGAAUCUGUUGCUGCUGUCAAUGAUGGAAGACCUGAGAAUCAGAUCAUGCUUGCUGAAACUAACAACUCUCCUACACAGUUAUGGAAAAUAACAAAAACUACUUAG